AUGGUCGAUUCAUCAACUGGACGUUACCAAUGCUUUUCUUCAUGGAACCUUACAGAAACGGUAUACAUGUACCAACCUAUGGGAUUUCAUCAUAGGGACUACCCAGAUCAUGUAUGUCUUCUCAAGAAAUCAUUAUACGGUCUCAAGCAGGCACCUAGAGCAUGGUACCUAAGGUUCACAGACUUCGUCAUUUCCAUUGGCUUUAUUCAAGGUAAAUGUGACAACUCUCUAUUUACAAAUCAUCACGGGGGUGAUAUUGCAUACUUACUUAUUUAUGUGGACGACAUUAUCCUAACCACCUCAUCUGACGCUCUCCGCGUGUCUCUCAUGUCCAGCCUCGCGGCUGAAUUUGCUAUGAAAUAUCUUGGACCUCUCAGUUACUUCUUGGGUAUAAAUGUCACUCGUACCGGUGACAAAAUGUUUCUGUCUCAACACUCUUAUGCUUUGGACAUUAUUGCUCGUGCAGGUAUGCAAACCUGCAACCCCGUUGCCACUCCUGUUGACACAAAGCCCAAACGCAGUACCAUCUCUAGCGAGCCCUUCGAUAAUCCUACGUUGUACAGAAGUUUGGCGGGUGCCCUUCAGUAUCUCACCUUCACCAGACCUGACAUCAGCUAUGCAGUUCAACAGGUUUGUAUGCAGAUGCAUGAUCCGAAAAUAGAUCAUUGGAAUGCCCUCAAACGAAUAAUUCGAUACAUUCAGGGAACAUCGAGUUUUGGCCUUGCACUUUCUUCUUGCUCAGAUGUUUCACUACGGGCUUACACUGAUGCUGACUGGGCUGGAUGCCCCGAUACACGUCGGUCCACCUCAGGUUACUGUGUUUACAUGGGUCCCAAUCUUUUGUCUUGGUCCUCUAAACGUCAGUCCACUAUCUCCAGAUCUAGUGCCGAAGCAGAAUACCGUGCAGUAGCAAAUGUCGUUGCAGAAGUCUGUUGGCUUCGGAAUCUUCUCUUAGAGCUUCGCCGCCCGUUGAAAACGGCAACGCUCGUUUAUUGUGACAACAUUAGCGCCAUCUAUCUCUCAGGAAACCCAGUGCAGCAUCAGCGUACCAAGCAUAUUGAGUUAGAUAUACACUUUGUUCGAGAACAUGUUCAGCGGGGUAACAUUCGAGUUCUUCAUACUCCAACUCGGUUCCAAAUUGCAGACAUCUUCACUAAAGGCCUGCCAAGGAUUUUGUUCGAUGACUUUCAUUCCAGUCUCAACAUUCGGCCACCUCUUGCUUCGACUGCGGGGGUGUAA